AUGGAAGGAUUUAUACAGUUCGAUCUUGACGAUGAAGAAGAUGCAGGAAAGAUGGGGGCCGUGGCAAGGCGGGAGAAGGCCGCUCGAGGGACGGAGAAGCGUCAACUGGUCGGUCAGCAAGGCAAAACGCUGUAUAUCGAGGCUGUCCAGCUCCUGUUGCGCAAACAAGUUCUCUUCUUGGUCCGUGAUAAAGGUCACAAGAUGGAAACGGAAACUGUUCUUCGAGACCUGUGGGAUCUUCGUCUCCGCGGCUACGGCUCCCUUUCUGCGGAAGCCGACCAUUCGGACACGGAAAUCGAAGUGUUUAGCUCUCAACCUACUGAUUCCGAGGAAGAUGCAAAGCCGUCAUGGAGACCGCGCUCUAGAGCGCAAAAGUGGGAUCCUGAGCGUGGCUCAUCUUGGCCUACGCCGAGACUACCGGAGACGAUUGUUCUAUGUUAUUUAGCAUGCGUGCUCCUGAGAAUACCAACACGCUUAGCAGAUCUUCGCAAAUGGGCCGCCAACGGCAGCAUGCCAUAUCUACGAGCAUUUUACGAACUACCUCGGGAAAUGCAAGAACGAAUGCCCAGCCCGUACGCAACUGUCCUGAAAACGUCGUCUUGCUCAGGUCUGCGUGGAGAAGUUUUAUACCAAACGGCCAUAGACUUGGUACUUUCCUACAAAGUGAACUACGACAUGACAUUUCCCGAGCUGAAUUUCAUACCCAUGUUGGUUCAGUUCGCAAAGGAGCUUGCCCUACCAAUCGAGUCAAUCGUGGUAGCCAAGAGACUCGCGACCAACCUAAAAUACGACUUUGGAUUUCCCGUCUCAAAAUCCAGGAUCUCCCCAGUCGACCAUCCGGAGGUACGACUACUAGGUCUCCUGGCUGUAUCAACAAAACUGUGCUUUCCACUCAACCCCGGGCAAGUGUCUCUCUUGAACAAGGAAAAGGCUCUCAUGCCACGAUUUAGCUGGGAAAAGUGGGAGGAGGGUUACUUGGCAAGUCUUCCGACGGACGACAGAAGUCGGGCGAAUCGGUAUUUUGAGAACAUUACUCCCUCUCAAAUCGUUGAUCUGGACGAUGAAGGCCUCAACACAUACAUGGCCCAGUUAUCGGCGACAUUGGCGGAAACUAAAACCAAUUCACUCACCCGGUUUUUCCCAACCGAGCCUCAACCAAAGUCUCCGUCGCCUGUACUGGAUAUUCCGGAUGAGCGAAUUGACGACCAAGCCCGCCACAUACUUGCACAGGCUGUCGAGCCGAGCAGAUUCGAAAAGGCAGGUCAUGCAGAAUCGAAACAGGAUGCGACACUUUACGAGGCAUUCCGAGCCAGGGAAGAUUUAUCCUCCGAGGCCUAUACUUUUUACCAGGCAAUCGGUAAUGUAAUCGGGCUGACUGUCGCUCAGGAAGGACAAGGGAGGAACCUGCAGGUGAUAUGUCCUAGAGGCGAAGAGACUGAACGUGGAGAGGCACCUCCUCAGACGCGAGAGCGAAGAGGGUUUUCGGUCUGUUCAACCUCCUUGAGCCCCACCAACUUUCCGCGCAAGAACUUUGCUCAACUCGCAGGAAAACUCACAUCGUCAAGCUGCACAAAAUCAGGUGCAAAGAUGCAGAUUUUUGUGAAGACCCUGACGGGCAAGACCAUCACGCUCGAGGUCGAGUCCUCCGACACGAUCGACAAUGUCAAGUCCAAGAUCCAGGACAAGGAGGGCAUCCCUCCCGACCAGCAGCGUUUGAUCUUUGCUGGCAAGCAGCUGGAGGAUGGCCGAACCCUGGCCGACUACAACAUUCAGAAGGAAUCCACUCUGCACUUGGUGCUCCGUCUGCGAGGUGGUAUUAUUGAGCCCUCGCUCAAGGCCCUGGCCUCCAAGUUCAACUGCGACAAGAUGAUCUGCCGCAAGUGCUACGCCCGACUCCCGCCCCGUGCCACCAACUGCCGCAAGCGAAAGUGCGGCCACACCAACCAGCUCCGACCCAAGAAGAAGCUCAAGUAA